CAAAGAACUGGAUGCUAUAGCUCGACAUCGUCUCACACUCCGAACCGCCGACAUCACUGCAUUUCCGGCCACACGCACGCACAGUUUCCAACGUCGUGUCCCUGAUUGCAGGUCCUGGCAGGAACCUAUUUCUGAUCAUGCCCUUGUAGUGACACCUUUAUCGUUGCGAAGGUGGUGACAAUGGGCGGGAAGCGGCGCAAAUUGGCGCAACACCCAACCAAACCACGGCAGCCGCCAGGGAACAGCGGCCCCAAGGUGAAGACUUCCAGUGCCAACGCCAACAAUGCCAACCCGAAGAAGAAGCCCUCGGGUGCGACGCCGGCCCGGCAACAGGCGCAGCAUUCCGAACCCAUAAUCCCCUUCGCCCCCGAAGACAAGAUAUUAUUAGUUGGCGAGGGCGACCUGAGUUUCGCCGCGUCUCUCAUCGAGCACCACUACUGCGCCGAUGUCACCGCCACCGUUCUGGAGAAGAGCCUCGAGGAGCUAUCUGAAAAGUAUCCACACGUCGAGGAAAACAUCGCCAGAAUUGAGGCCGAGGAUGGCAAAAUUAUCUAUAAUAUAGACGCUACAAAGAUGGGACCGUUCGGCGUCAAGAAGGACAGAGAUACUGUUGGUAACAUGGACAGGAUCAUAUUCAACUUCCCGCAUGUUGGCGGCAAGAGCACCGACGUCAAUCGACAGGUGCGGUACAAUCAAGAAAUGCUUGUGUCGUUCUUCAACCGCGCGAUGCUGUCUCUCGCCCCCGGUGGUUCGAUCAUCGUCACACUCUUCGAGGGCGAGCCGUACACGCUCUGGAAUAUUCGCGAUCUUGCCAGACACAGCGGGUUGCAGGUCGAGCGUAGCUUCAAGUUUCAGGCUAGCGCAUACCCGGGUUAUCAUCAUACUAGGACACUUGGCGUGGUGAGGAGCAAGACUGGCGAAGUCGGAGGGGGCUGGAAGGGAGAAGAACGUGCUGCUCGAAGCUACAUCUUCGUCCGGAAGGAGGAAGGUCCCAAACCAGAUCCGAAAAAGAACAAAAAGCGAUCAAGGGACCAGGAUGAUGAAUCAUCCGGUGACGAGUAGGAUCAGACUCGUAGCCGGAGCACAUGUUACGAACCAUUGAAGCUAUGAAAUCGCAUAGUAACAUUGCCAUGUCAAGACAUGUAUAUCCCACAGGUCUUAUAUCGACACUACCAGAGAUGCGCAUCUGGUGAGGGUCAUCUAGUACCUAUUCAUCAUGUGCUCGGAAUAGUCCCUCAGGCUUUUUGCAAGGGCCGUUCGCAACACACCAAUACUCAGAGAGAUAAGGGCCAAGAGAUAUGAAUAUGCGCUGAUUGUGCGAUGUAUGAUCCGAACAGUUCGACACGUGAAUAUAAAAUCAUCUCAAAGUGUUUAGGCAAGAAGGAUGAC